AGCUAGCCUCCUCUCUCACGCGGCGAAAAAGCCGCCAUCGCUUGAGAUAAUACGACCGGUUGUUCGCUCUCCGCCAUUUCAUUCUUUAUGAGAAACACAUUGUUCAUGAGAGUGUUUCGGUUUCCCCUGUGUCUGUUUUACGUCUCAUUCAUUCUGCGAUCGUGUGCGAGGCGGCGACAAUAGUUAGAUUCAUCGUUCGACUGCUUGCCGAAAUUGCUCUAGAACCUCUUCCGGGUGUGAUUAAGACUUCCUUCAGGAGUGACGCGUACGUCGAAUGUCAAGGACGAUGCGGCAUUUUGCCCUUACACGAUGCGACACCCGUUAGAUCCCACAUCGGUGGCAGACGGUGGCAAACGGCAGUUGGUGGGACGAUUAGCGUACACCGGUUAGCAAAUAUCGCGAGUGUUGCAGCGCCGGAGAUUCUUCGUCCUUUUCUCAGAAACUUGGCCCGUAAAUUGCGAAGCAGGCUAAUUUUAUCGUAUCCUGAUAUUGUUGAGAUCUUGACAAUGCAGGCGCCUGUUCCCGAGUGCAGCGAAUCGGAGGACGAUGAGGUGGAUAACGAUCCUCCCUCAACUGCUUCUAGAACCGACAAUGGAACAUUAUUCUCGUGAGACGCUACCACCUGUGUCGAGUAUCGCAGCUUAUUGAUAUCUAAACGAGGACAUGAAGUCUCAACAUUCUUGUUAUUGAUGAAUAUCGGAAAAUACUCUGCGGGAAAUAAAUAUGCGGAGAAUUGGACGUUCCCACGUCAACGUCAGGAAUUCGAUUCGUGAAGAAUUUAAAUGACUGGACGUUUGAUUGACAUGUGUGAAUUUCGAGGGAUAUUUACGAAGCGUGAAAAAUUAUUGCAAAGUUCGGAGACGUUAUUUGUGUGAAAAAAAAAAAAAAACUUAAUCAAACAGAGCGCGCUUUCAUUGUUAACAAAAAGCAGAUUCUAGAAAAAAAAAACGAGUGGCUUUAUAGUGCUCUGAACAUGAUUUAUAUGAAGAUAUAAGGAAUCAGAUGCUCUGCUGUGAUCCUAUGUGAUCCUGUUUGUCUUGUUGCCUCGACAAGGUUUUAAAGUAUCUGGGGCAACGGUGUUGUUUUUACCGCAUCUUGAAUCUCGGAGUUCUAAGAGGCAAAAAAGAGCAGGUGAUUUAUAGAUUCUGCUGCUGUUUGCGCAAGUGUACAAACGACUAGAGCGAUUACAGAAAUGAAUGAAAUUUAAAGGGCGCUCUGAAAAACUGAGGUUAAAAUAUAGGGCGGCAUAUAGAUAAAUAUAGAUACGAGCGGCAUUUUAAUGAGUUCGUUAAGUGAACCGAUGUAAUAUCAUCGGCAUGUUAAGAUUCGAUUUCACGGAACUUGCAAAGCAGCGCCUUCCCGUUACUGCAAGGAUCUGUCAACCGUGACCUUCGAACACCAUGUGACGUCAUCCGGGUCACAUGGAAACGUGCCGUGCGAACGAGGUGUCUCGAGACGCUUAUGUGGUCACCGUUGCGGUGGCGGUAGCCACGAUCAAUCAGAGCGUUGAUGUGCAUUUAUAAGACAUUAUUUCAUCAUCUCGAAGAGUAUCUUAGUGACACUUUGGUCGAACAAAAUACUUUUUUCGGAAGAUAAUGAGAAGUGUAUUACCGCGUUCCAAUGUUCUUUUACGCACUUUUUACGCGUCUUGUUGUGCGUGUGGUUGCACUCGUUAAUAAUUCAAGUAGUUUGUGACAUAUAAUAGACAUAUAAAGUAAUAAGGUCAAGACAAACUUCGUUAAUCGUACAAGUUUGAAAAACUCUUCCAGCUUUCGAUGCUUAAAAAUAUGACAUUUGACAUUGUGAAAAAUGUUCACGUCAAAUUUGCUCGUGAAAUAUCCCGUGAAAUCAAUACAAAACAAUUCUGAAGGAGUUGUCGAAUAUGCUUCUUGUUGUGUAUAAUUUACACGAUUCCGCCGUUAUUUGCGAUUAAUCGUUAUUGUUAUUGAUAUUGAAUUAUGUCGCUGAACACGAGUGUCACUUAAUGUUGGAGGUAGUUGUGCAACUUCAUGAAACUGUCUUUCUCGCUACUCGAAGCUUAGUAAUGAUCGAGUAAAACAGGAUUGGUAUUGUCUCAUAUUUUUUGAUGCAUUUUGGGUGAUCGUUAUCCUCAUAUCCUUAAUGGGAAAAAUAAAUAUCCUAGGUAGCUCCUGUUUGUUACAUUGAAAUAUUAUUACGUAUUGCAAGUAACUUGUUAAAAAUUCUUGUUAGAAUUUAGAAUUUUGAGAAACAGCUUUUAAGAGUGAUUAUCAAUAUUAUUAAUAAUCAUUAGAUAAAUUAGCAUAGGAGAGACUAAUGCUCAGAGUUCUGUAGUUUUCGGGGAGUUUUUAUGAACCCUAAGAACGUAUAAAAUAAUAUCAAUUAUAGCGGUAACAAUUUUCAAUAUUUUUAAAGAGGCAAAAGGUACUUAUAGUUAAGUGAAAUUACCUCGUAAAGUUACCGCAUUCACAAGUAUCGUCUUCCAUCAUAUCCAUCAUAUCAAAGAAUAGAGGAAUUGAGAAAUGGGUAAUUCUCUCACCUUUGCGGAACCGUUUGUGAAUUCCCUCCGACGCAAAUUUACUCAUUAGAUCGAAGACAAAGUCGAAAUUAUUCAGAUCGUUUGAGAGUCCCUUUUAUCGCACACAAGGGAAACGUAUGAAAUUACUUUCACAGCUUUUUCGUCAAAUUAUUUUCGCUUUACCUGCAGUCGCGCGUUUCUAAUUGCUUUCGUUACUGAGAUAAAAAAAACUUUUUGCCUAAACUGUAAUUAGCUUCUACGAGUAGCGAAACGACUUUAAAAGGUACGAAAAGUGGUUCUUUUCAUAAUCUUAUUCUGCGCAACCUCGCAAACAGCGCCAUAUUCUUGUCGAAUUUUUCUUUGGCAUUUUUGAAACACGAGUCUUCUGAAAACGUGAAAGCGGAAGAAUUUUAUUAAUUUAUCAUAACGAUAUCAAGCAAGUUUUGGAUUCUUAUUGAGGACGACACGUCUUUAAGCAUAAUGAAUGCAAAAGAUGUAUUUACAUAAUGAAAUAAAUUAUACUUCUACGAGAUUAAUGCAUUACUCAGAACGAGUGCUCAAUGAAUAUUCAAGAUAAUAUUACGUCACGUAAGCAUUAACAUUCUAAUGGAAGAAAGGAGCAACAUUAUAUUAUAGAAAAAGUGAACAAGAUACACAUAGUUCGGUAUCCUUUAUAAUUAAUCACCACGGUGAUGGAUAACGUCUCGCCAAGAUGAUGUCUUUCAAGAUAAACUCUCCCCUCAUUGACGGACACUUAUACAUUUCUCUGGACUUAUUCGUCGUGCCGGCUGGUACUUGAAUAAAUUAACUAACUAUUCGGCCGAGUGAUCGAAGGAGAUUCAUGACGAUGUGUUCGAAGGGACGAUGUGGCCGAGCAUCGUCGGCAGAUUUCGCAAGUCCUGCGAUUGCUUCACGGUGAAGCUGCCGGCAGCGAAGAAAGAAAAGAGGGAGAGGGAGGACGAGUCGGCGUGUUGCAAGUUCCUCGCCCUGUUACACUACCGGAAGCCUCGGGACCCACUACGCGGCUCCGGUGCCGCCUCGUCGGUGCCCCUGCUCGAUAUGGGCGCCAGAGCAUGGGACUACGAGGCCCUGCCGGAACUCCACACCUCGACGGCGGUCACGCCGACCUCGACACCACCGAACGCAUGCCAGCAAAAGGCGCCCAGAGUGUACUUCCAAGCAGAGAAUCUGGCGUCCACCAGGCGAAGGAGCAGCAGCAGACUGCUGACGCCGCAGCAGUCCUGCAGGAGACGCAGUCGGAGCAUGAGUGCCUGGAGCGAUUUGUCCAGGUCAUCGUUCAGGGACGAGAGAGUUCGCGUUGAGUACUACGUGAACGAGAACACAUUCAAGGAACGGCUGCAGUUGUACUUCAUUAAGAAUCAACGUUCCAGUUUGAGGAUACGACUUGCCAAUCUCUUUUUCAAGCUGCUAACAUGCUUCCUAUAUAUAUUCAGGGUUGUUACGGACCACGACCCAACAUUUGCAGCAUGUUUCGGCUGCACAGCUGGCAACAAGACCGAGUUCCUCGCGUCGCAGAAUUUGACGGAGGAGGAAUUCCAGGAGCACCCGACCAUCAAUUGGGAUGCGAUUCUCUGGGUCAGAAGACCCUUAGAGCUGUGGGUGGUUCAAGUAAUCCUUGCGAUGGUAUCGCUAACCGAGGCCUUGCUGCUUGCUUAUCUCGGUUACAAGGGAAAUGUCUGGCAGCAGCUUCUAUCCUUCCACUUCAUCCUGGAAUUGGUUAACACCAUCCCAUUCACAAUUACGUUAUUAUAUCCACCAAUGAGAAAUCUGUUUAUUCCGGUGUUCCUAAACUGCUGGUUGGCGAAACAUUCCCUGGAGAAUAUGUUUAACGAUCUACACAGGGCGAUGCAAAAGUCUCAAUCGGCGUUGAGUCAGCAGCUAAUGAUCCUUAGUGCUACAUUACUGUGCCUUGUCUUUACUAGCGUAUGCGGGAUCCAACAUUUCCAGAGAGCGGGACACAGGCAUUUAAAUUUAUUUCAAAGCACGUACUACGUGGUGGUGACGUUUUCCACGGUAGGCUACGGGGAUUUCGUGCCGGACAUUUGGCCCUCGCAGCUUUACAUGGUCAUCAUGAUCUGCGUAGCGCUUAUAGUGCUGCCAACGCAGUUCGAACAGUUAGCUUUCACAUGGAUGGAGCGGCAGAAGUUAGGCGGCUCGUAUUCGUCGCACAGAGCGCAGAGCGAGAAGCACGUGGUAGUUUGCAGUACGACGUUGCAAGCCGACACCAUCAUGGACUUCCUAAAUGAGUUUUACGCCCACCCUCUGCUGCAGGACUAUUACGUGGUGCUCUUGUCGCCAAUGGAGCUUGAUACUACGAUGCGGAUGAUACUGCAAGUGCCGAUCUGGGCGCAGAGAGUGAUUUACAUACAGGGUUCCUGCCUGAAGGACGGCGAUCUCGCAAGAGCCAGGAUGAACGAGGCGGAAGCCUGCUUUGUGCUGGCAGCGAGAAAUUACGCCGAUAAAACCGCUGCUGACGAGCAUACGAUACUCAGAUCGUGGGCGGUGAAAGAUUUUGCGCCUAACGUUCCUCAGUACGUUCAAAUCUUCCGUCCGGAAAACAAGCUGCACGUGAAAUUUGCAGAGCACGUGGUAUGCGAGGAUGAGUUUAAGUACGCCCUUUUGGCGAACAAUUGCACGUGUCCCGGUGCAUCGACAUUGGUCACCCUGUUGCUGCAUACGUCCAGAGGACAAGAAGGUCAACAGUCGCAGGAGGAGUGGCACAGACUAUAUGGUAAAUGUUCCGGCAACGAGAUUUAUCACAUAAUUCUCGGCGACUCUCGCUUUUUCGGGGAGUACGAGGGCAAGUCCUUCACCUACGCGUCCUUCCACAGUCACCGAAAGUACGGAGUCGCGCUUGUCGCAGUUAGACCGGCGGAGCUUCCGGAAUUUUACGAGGACACGAUCCUGCUAAAUCCUGGACCGCGGCACAUAAUGAAGAAGACGGACACGUGUUAUUACAUGAGCAUCACCAAGGAGGAGAACUCCGCGUUCGUGGUCGCGAAUAACCAAAGCGGCGUGGGCGAGGGCACGCAGGUGAUCGUCGAAACGAAGACGGACGCGAGCAAUGGAGCGACAACGAGCGCCGCGGCGACCAACACCACCGCGACGGCUAUGAACUUUACGGGGAUGAUGUCGGCGACGACAACGGCGACGACGACCACCACGACGACGAUAUCGACCAGCUGCACCGGCGGAGGCGAUGGGAAUGGUACAGCAAUCAGCAACGGUGCCGAUGCGCACCAGCGAUUUUCCAACAGUUGUAACGUUGCGCUGAGCGAAACAUUGCGCAGGCAGGAGACCUGCACGGGGCCCCGUGCACAGGAUCGACCGAACGGUCCCCAAGGUCACAGGGCCCCGUUGCCACCGCAGGUUAUUUUGCAGGUCUUUCCUAGCACGCCCACACCAAUCCAACACCACAACUUACUCGCAUCCGAUAUCCACCCGACUUAUCUCGACCCAGGAGGAUUCGGAGAUUCACGGCAAUGUCUGAAAGAGGGUGGAUCGACACCGCAAACGCCAAUCACAGGAAAUCACCUUGACGUGCCACGAUCACUUGAUCCAAAUCCCAAUCUGCUUAGUCCGGAAAUUCUAACACAAAGGAGAGGGAGCAGAAGACCAAGUAUUCUACCAGUACCAGACAUGUUGACCAGCUCGACUCUGCACUUACCUGGCCAAGAAUCCUUAGACCACGAAGGCGACGAGUCGGAGGACGAAAUGGAUGACGAUGUUCCCUGGAGAUCGCCGAGCGAGAAGAUUGCCUUCAAAGGGAUUGUCAAGGGAUUCCCACCGGUUUCACCCUUUAUUGGAGUUUCACCAACCUUGUGCUACCUUCUGAAGGAGAAGAAGCCGCUCUGUUGCCUUCAGCUGGCUCAGGUGUGUCAGCAUUGCAGCUACAGGAACGCCAAAGAGUACAAUUGGCAGAACAAGACCAUCAUACUGGCGGCGGAUUACGCCAGCAACGGGAUUUACAACUUUAUAAUACCCUUAAGGGCACAUUUUAGAUCGAAAACGUCGUUAAAUCCGAUCAUCCUUUUACUGGAGAGAAAACCGGAAAUCGCAUUUCUCGACGCAGUGUCCUAUUUUCCAUUAGUCUACUGGAUGCGUGGCUCCAUCGACUGUCUUGACGAUCUUCUUCGGGCGGGUAUCACUUUGGCGGAAAAUGUCGUGGUCGUAAAUAAGGAGCUCAGUAAUUCCGCCGAGGAAGACACUCUGGCUGAUUGUAAUACGAUCGUUGCAGUACAGACUAUGUUCAAAUUCUUUCCAAGCAUAAAGAGCAUAACGGAGCUGUCCCAAUCGAGCAAUAUGCGUUUCAUGCAGUUUCGGGCGCACGACAAGUACGCUUUGCAUCUCAGCAAAAUGGAAAAGGUACUCCUCAGUGCUACUACCGAUGACAACUACUCCGCUGAGCCUUCGAUGGGCUCCCCGAGAGAAAAGGAAAGAGGAUCUCACAUAUCGUACAUGUUCCGAUUGCCGUUCGCCGCCGGCAGUGUCUUCAGCGCCUCAAUGUUAGACACGUUACUUUAUCAAGCGUUCGUCAAGGACUAUGUUAUAACAUUUGUGAGGCUAUUAUUGGGAGUGGAUCAAGCGCCUGGAUCUGGAUUCCUCACUUCGAUGCGCAUAACGAAGGAGGACAUGUGGAUAAGAACGUACGGCAGAUUGUAUCAGAAACUCUGCUCGACCACUUGCGAGAUACCAAUCGGAAUAUACAGGACGCAGGACACCACUGUGUCCGAUUCCUCGCAUCAGGGCGACUCAGACGCGGAAAGCGACACCGGCGUCGGUGUGACGUACAAGGUGCGUCAUUCGGCGGCAGCAUCAUGCCUUGCGAAUUGCGCGACGCGCGACAAGGGUGCAUCUGCUUAUUCGGUGAGUCUCGGCGACGAGGCGCGCGACAACCACGCACAGCAGAUCGAGCGCGCGGAGAUCGCGAAUCUGGUGCGCUCGCGGAUGGAGUCGCUGAACCUGCCGGUCGCCGACUACGACGACGUGUCGGAGAAACGCAACAGUCUCUCCUACGUGAUUAUCAAUCCGAGCUGCGAUCUCAAGCUCGAGGAGGGCGACAUCGUCUACCUGGUGCGGCCGAGCCCGUUCUCCGCGCAAAAGACCUUCGAGCGGCACAACUCCCGGCGCAAGAGCAACAUCAGCUUCUGCUCGGCGCAGCUCGCGUCCCAAAUGAGCGCAGCGGUCGCGGCCGCGGGUCUGCAGACGGGCGGUCCGGGAAGUCGUCGCGGCUCCGGCAUAGGCUUACCCAGGGCGCCACCUUUGGGCACGACGAAAUCGAAUUCGCUGUCUCUGCCCGACAGUCCGACCGUGGCCGGCACUCUGCGCGGUCGCUCGAACUCCCUCAGAGUCGUCGACGACAUCCUGCUGCGGCGCAGCAAUUCUCUGAGACAGGGCCUGACGACCAGGCGGAAGAGCAGCCUGGAGGACAUCGGUCUCGGCGCGCUCUCGCAUCCCUCCAAUCACAAUCCGAUCAAGAUCGCCUUGAACGGCUCGAUCGGCCUGGAAGUGACGCCGCCUGAGGAGGGCUCGCACGGCGGCGUCGGCGCCACCAACACCGGCAUCCUCGAUGUCGGUCUGCCCUCCAUGCCGGAGCUCAACGCGGCCCUGGGGCCCAGCCUCGGCGCCGGCCUCGGCGGCUCCCUGGGCGGCCUUUACGAUCCGCCCUCCCUCACGAUGCCGAUGGGCUCGCCCUGCCAAUCGCCGCAGAUGCAGGGCCCCGCGCAAGACCCGCAGCACAUACAGGGGACAAUAGUAUGAUAUAACCUUAUGUGGGGACGCAGGCUCUCCGGCGUGGCGCGAAAUAAGUGGCUGUAAGCGUUCCCACAUGGCGUUCAGAAUCGGGCGUUAAGAGCAGCGUCUGUAAACGGCGCUCGUAAACGAGUAAGAACAUGCACACACGGGCGGCGUGUAUCUCGUGGGACUGACCAAGCCGUUGGACGAGACGGCCGGAGAGCAAGGUGUUUCGACGAAACCACCAUCUGACCGGUGAUUGUUUCCAGCGUCUCGAAGGGUGCUUCGAUGUUUCUCCGAGCAAAGUGAAUUGGGGCGAGAGAUUAUUUCGGCCAAAUUUUUCGUGUCUGUCUGUAUUAUAAUUCUUGCGCAAUGUAGACGUACACGUAAUUCAAUUCUUUUUUCCACAUUCGCGCAAAACAAUAUAAACGAAAAUUUUGUUGCAAAUUCAGAAAAUCGAAUUAACGCGAUCGAUUUACGAGAAUAAUCAAGGAGCUCGUAAAAGUGACACAUCAUUGAAAACUUGUGCGCUAAAUCUUGAUUCCAGUGCCAAGUUAAUACUGUUCAGCUACUCUCGCCCCAAUUUACAGUAGCAUUUUCUUUAUUGCAGCGAAGCGGCGCGAUAUAUUUAUGACAAUUCGUGGACCUAACCGCAGGUAUAUCAUAUCGCAACUGUGAUACGCCAGACGUUGAUUCCCUGCGGAAGUGUAUGCUUUCCAUUCACGAGAACUUUGUUGCAGAUUUCAAUGCCACCGUCUUAUCUUGUGAAUGAAGAAUCGCGUCGGGCGUUUGUCAGAAACUAGCAAUUUACCGCUAGAAGGCGAUGUUACGAGCUUCAUUUCAGUAUAUCUUACUUUUGUAAUUCAUAUCUGUAGCAAACCGCGUUCUUAAAACGUUUUGCUCUCUAGGUCGCCUCUAGCGUCGCUUUUUGCGACGUCCACGCAUGCGAUUUCAUUCAUCGGACAGUAGAUCGGGCGAGUCAAGUGCGAAAGGCACUUAAAUGAAGCGCGUGAUGACGGCGCGUUUAUUCGGAGUCACUUGCGAUUCACAUAUUUGAUGCAAAUUAUUGCACAUUGAUAUUAUUUUUUUCGACUCUAGAAUUAAUUCUUGAGAUUCGCUAUACUUUUCUUUAAGACAAAAGUUUAUCUUUAAUUAAAUUGCAGUGUAAACAAUUUUAUCUACUUGAUCAAUAUCUGAUUGAAGUAAAGUCUAUGUUUAAAUAAAAUAAUGUGAUAAAAAGUUUGAGAAAAAAACUGUAAAAUUGCAAGCCAUUUAUUAGCUAUUCGACACAAAGAAGUACUUUCUUCUAAAAUAUUUAAAAAACAAUUUUUUUACUUAAUGUUACAUUAUUUAUGAUUGUUAACUGUUAAACUGAAAUCACAAUUAAUUCAAUUGAUUCCACUCGUUCGUUAUCCAUUUCACACAUUUUCGCAAAAGAGAUACAAAAACGAGAAUAUAGCAGGAAUGAGAACACAACGCACUCCUCGAUUCCUACUUAUUGUUAGCGUCAGCGCUCAGCGAUCGAGCGCAAAUAAUUUUAUAUUAGAGAGAUUUACGGCGAGAAAGAGUCUAUUAUACAUAUUAUACAGUUACGAUGUAUGACCAUUUUAAUCAUAUCACGCGAGAGUGUUGUUCGCGCGGAAGUCACUGUUAUAUCCUACAUAAAUAGGAGGAAGAGUAUUUUAGACAAGACUUAAGUGCUUAGAAUACGCGCGUAUAUAUUAUCAUGACUUUUAGCGUGACUGAUAAAUCAUCCACGGUGGAUUUAACGUCGAGUCGCAGGACGAUUCUCGACUAUCACAAUCCUCCCUGGCGACGCGGAAAUUUACGGUCGAUAUUUCGAAACGAUAUAGACAAAAAAAAUAUGGCAUCGUAAAAAUUACGAAAUAAGCGAGAAUUGAUCGCGAACAAACCGCACGAGAACUACUAUUACUACCUUCUUCUUCUUCUUCAUUUACUCUAUUAGUUUUAAUCUUGAUCCACGUUUCUUGGGCAUGAAUCGUCCCCAAGAAUUAGUUAUUCUUAGCGAGCGAGCAUGAUUGUUCUCGCUUGAUAUUUUAAUAAUUCGUUCAAUUAGCUAGUCGGACACGAGGGUCGUUAUUCAUGACUCAAAACAGGUUGCACCAACUGGAUUAUAAUUACUUAACUGUGGAUAAGGUUUCUCUGUCCAUUUACAAAUAGCCAUAUUACAUUUUAAGUUGAUAUCGAUAAUAUAAGCGUUAAAAAAUAAAAUUCCAAAACUCAAAAAAUUUUUAAAAGUUAUUUUGAAAGAUUUAGCACAUCUUUUAGAUAUCUUUUGGAUGUUUGUGUGUUAUCUGAACAAGAGGAAGAAGUGUUCUAUAGUUAGUAUGGCCAGAUUGGUGCAACCAUUCAUACACAAUAGGAUCUAAAUUUCGAUGCGGCGUCGCAAUUGCGGCGCUCGCAGCCAAAUGCAAUCAUUUGUUGACCAAUUUACACGUUUCUUCGGCCAAAAAAGUUACAUUAUCGAGUACCUGCUUCGAUAUUGCUUUUAUUAAGUCUAGUCAAUUUAGUCUCGUUAGAUGUGCGACCAGAAGUAUAUUCCACGAAACAGCUUUGCGACUUUUUAAAUUACUAUUUCCUGUCCUUUUAUCAAUUUGCAGUAAAUAAGAAUUUUUUCGCGUUUGAAUGAAGCGGAAAUGGUAGUGUACUGACAAUUAUAUAUAAGGCAAAUUGAUAUAUUAAAAGUUGGAAUAAUAUUAAUUUGCAAUUAUAGAGAAAUCCAAUUUUUGACGUUGCUGGAUUAUUAAUGACAAUAUUUUUUAUUACGUAACUUGGAAAUAGACAUAGAUCUAUAACAAAAAUCUAUAUUAUAAUCAAAUAAAUAAAAAAAUUAAAAAAAAAACAAACAAGAAUUAUUAGAUAUUUUACAAAAAAAAUAGUACUGAUAAGAUUUAAUAUAACUAUAAUUAAAAAGAUUGGAACAAAAAUUAGACACCAAGAACGAAUCUAUGAACCCAAGACCUAAAACAGAAAGCUGAAAGUUGCUUCGUGGAAUACGAGAUCAGAUUCUAACACUAAAUACGAUAAUUUAUUCGCGCAAAAUCGAGAUAAAGUGUGAGGCGAGUCUCUUGAAUGCGCUUUGUACAAAAUCAAAAUGUAAGAUAAGUAACGCUCUAUCUCUCUCGUUUGUGACUCGUUUCGUGCUUAAUCGAGACUAUCAGAAUUAUCGUAUCAGAAUUACCGUAUCAAAGAAUUACCGUAUGUGCGCCUCGAAAUUAUCGCAUUUUCGUUAUUCUGGCAUCUGACCGAAGCGAAACGGUUCUUUCCAGCAUCUGGUUGCUCGCGCGCGUUCGAAUCUUCAAUCCAACCGUUCUCUCUCAUUCUGUAUCGCUGUUUUCUCUCCGUUAACUCCCCCUGUCUUUCUCUCUUUGAUUAGCGAUGGGGAGACCAUGUCACCUUCGCCGGCGACGAUGACCGUAGACUUUUAUAUGUAAAUAGCACGCGAGCGAUUAGCUUUCAAAAAGGAGGAUGAUGAAAAAUUUUCUAUAUUGUAAGUAGAACAGAUUCUUGAAUCCCAAAUCUGAAGAGCUCGAUGAGCGCGAGCUAACACCCGAAGAGUAAUCGCCUUGGAAAAAGUCGACAGUUUUAUAUGAUUUUUUCGAGGAAUGUCGGUUAUCCGUAUUGCGGAAUUCCCGAUUUCCCGAUUAAACGUUCACGAUUCCAGUUUUUCGAAUCUUCUCUCUUUAUUUUCUUUCAGAAAAACAAUUUUGUUGAAGUUGAAAAUGAUUUUUAGGCGCACAAACAAAAUCUACAUUCCUUUCUUUUUGUUUAAACAAAAAUAUUGACGAAAUAUUGCGGGGUUGCAGAGAUAAAUGCGUCCGCGUGUCUUUGCGACAUCACCAAAGUGAAAUAAAAUGGAUAUUCGGAGAGAAUGUAUAUACAUACUUACAAUUAACAAUAGGAUCAGUCCAAUAUGAUGUGACCUGACUCUUUCAUAGCUUUUUGGUUCUUUUUCGAAUUCAAGUAAAUAAUCUAAUAGAGUAUCACGUCAUAAUUUAAUGCGGCAAAGUCGCGGCGAUCUCUCGCGAGAUGCUUGCUGCUCUCGAGGAAGAUUGUUCGAAUUACGUCUCGAAUGAGGGCGCGAUCGAUUCUGCGAAACCUUGUGUAAAAUAUUUCUUACAAUAUGCAAGAAUUGAAGUUCCAUGCGCAACUUUUGCGCAGUGUAGGGUAAAUAGAAACGAUUUAUAGCGUGUGCAGUGUAUGUUUGACUCUUCGUAACUCUUCGACAAACAAAAGAUCGAAUUUGGCUCGAUUCUUUGAAGUGUAAUAUUAUUAUAUUUGCUUCAACUUGUAAUUCAGAAAUAUAAAAUCCGCGAGAGAAAGAAGUUUUCUUGCAAACAUAGUUUAUUAGUUUAGACAUUAAUUAGACAAUUAAUUUGUAACUAAUGCUAUAUUUUUUACAAGAUGGAUCAACUAUUAUUUAUUUUUUUUUUGUAGCAAAAUGUUACGAAAGUUAUUAAAUUCCGCAAAUGUUUAACGUUUGUAACUUUUCUCGUUUAAUCCGUAUUUCCAUUAGGAUGCAAACAUGUGAUUAAUAGUUAAAUUUUUCUCUUCCCAAUGUUCAAUAUGUUGUAAUAAUUUUAGAAUUUAAUUUAGAAUUUAAUCCCGUUCUAAAAAUGUAGAAGUUAUUUCCCGCAUUCGUGAUGUAAAACUCGAAGAGCACAAGUUUUUCUUAACGUUUGUAAGAUUACUCGUCAAAGUUCUCGUGCCUUUAUAACGCGAGAGUACGCCAUCGAACUGAGUUUUCUGAAUGUUUCGGUAUAUAAAUAAUUUUAUGCAAAAGGAUAAUGUCGUAUAUUUGCUUGAGAGUAAAUUUUUCCUUUUUGGUAAUUUAAAUAUGAUGUUUUUUUAUAACUAUAUGGGUCCAUAUCUUUGUUAUAUUUAAUAUUAUAUUUAGCUUCACUGUCGAAGUUGGAGUUUAUGCAAUAUUGUUUUUAAUAUCAGUAUGAAAAACAACAAUCGGAUAAAUAGAUUUCGCAGUAAAUGUUUGACAAGAAUGUGGACUAUCAUUCUUUUCUCCACAGGAUUGUAAUGACAUCCGUUUAAUUUCAAUGAAUUCUCAAUUUUCUAUCUAUAUUUUACGCAGCGUUUUCUUAUCUUUAAAAAUACGCUUAGAAUUAAAAAUAUUAUUCUCGAAAUAGAACAAAGAUGACAUAUUCCAGAGAAGUGAUUAAACUACACCUUCUUUAAUAAUAUCUACACAUUAACGCGUUUCCAAUUACGAUUGUUUUGUCAUAAUUACAUCAGUUUGCCAACUAGAAGUGAUCAUAUUUUGAAGCGCGAGUUCGUUUUCCAUUUCGAAGAGAGGCGCACAUGUUUUCUCGCGGAUGCACCGAACAUCACACAAGUUCCUUCAAAAGUUUAAGCAAGAGCUUGGCGCACCUCGAACGAGCUCUCUUCGAAUGGCGCGAGUUUUACAGAAGCGUCUAGCAAGAUUCUCAUGAUAAGAUUUAAAUAAUUAAGCAUUCCUCGACCACAAAUACAACUAUAAACGGCUGUACGUAAUGUAAAAUAAUUAAAGCAGAAAAACAGAGAGAGAAUGUAUCUAUAUAUAUAAAAAAAAAUAUAUAUAUAUAUAUGUGCGACGUUGUAACGCGAUGCGUGCGAUGUGCAUGUAAAUUUAUUAUAAAUAAAU